CUCCCGACUAAUGACUUCGAAAAUGGAAACAAUGACGACGAAGCGACGGAAUCACGGACGUAACAAAAAAGGCCGUGGGCACGUAAGACCCAUUCGCUGCACAAAUUGUGGUCGCUGUGCACCCAAGGAUAAGGCUAUCAAGAAAUUUGUUGUUCGCAAUAUUGUGGAAGCAGCUGCUGUCCGAGACAUUUCCGAUGCAUCUGCCUAUGAUUCCUAUGCGUUGCCAAAAUUAUAUCACAAGCUGCACUACUGUGUAUCCUGCGCAAUCCACAGUAAAGUAGUGCGCAAUCGUUCACGCGAAGCACGCAAGGACCGCAACCCACCUCCACGUUUCGGUCAGCGCGGCGGCAUUGUUGGGGAUCGUUUUCCGCGACCAGGUGUUCCAAAUCGACAGUGAAUCGGAGUUCUCUCAUAAGAAGCUUAAGAUUCGUUUGUGUUUGUUGUAAUGUUAAUACGAACACUCAAUGAAGAGUUCUUAUUAUUGGACUAAAGAGUUCUUGAUAUGGUCUAUAGUAUAAAAGUUUGGAUAAAUUCUGUUCCGAGAACAUUUGAGUUCCUUCUCACUUUUUGCAUAUUCCUGAGAUAACGC